GCAGAACCCUCAGCUUGUAGCGAGACUGGAGCGGCUGAAGAGAGAACAGGAGAACAGGCAGUAUGCGCAGAUGACACGUGACAUGGGCAAGAAAUCUGGACAGGGGCUGUCAGAGUUUGGCUCUGAAGAUGGUGAUGAUGACGUGUCACCUAAGGAAGUGAAAGUGUACCUCAUGGCUCUGAUCAACUUCAUGGUUUCUGUAGCGGCGGCUUUCACUUUCGGCUACGUGGGAUCUGAGUACGCUUUCGGGGCCUCUGUCACUCUGAGAGUAAUGACGGGCAUCAUCCUAGCAACCAUGGUUGCCAUGGCGGACAUCUACUUCAUGGCCAAGGUCGUGGAGGAGGAGGUCGAGAAACACGAGAAGCAACACUAAGAAACAACACCCCUCGUCAAGAAUGGAACGGUCCAAACUAGUAGGAGUGACACCCCUCAUCGUAAAUGGCAUGGCCCAAACCACAUGCACAAGGAAGUACUGGUCCAAAUGAGAAAUUGAAAACAACAUUGGAAGCUACAGACAGACAAAGGAACUAAGUGAAUAAUAUAUUACAGAAAAGAAUAGUAUUAAAUAGAUAGCCAGAGCACAAAUCUCUGCUGCAGUUCUCAAACUGGUUGACAGGGGGACCUGCUGUACUACCAGUAUCUAAUCUUACACAAGUCACACACAGUUGAGCAUCCUUUAUGUGUAUUUCUAAGCAAUGGUUUUGGCACUUAAGCAUUGCUGAUAAUUGACAACAGGACAAACCAACCAACCAGUACUGGUUAAAAUCUAAGCCUUUACUGUAGUUAACCAAGUGUUCAAUAGAGGACUUACCAUACAUACAUAUACAUGUACAUCACACUACAUACAGGUAGUAUAUACAAUGUAUAACAGUAAGAUACAUACAUAUACCCAAUAGUAUAAAGUAAAAUAUACAUAUAGAGCCAACUGAAGUAUCUUCAACUGAAAACAUCUGCUAGUAGUAUAAGUACUAGCAAACAGUAUCAACCACAUAACAGCACCUAUAAUAUUAUAUUACAUGAUAGUAUAUAAUAUAUUUAUACAAAUGAACAUAUUGUAGGAAAUAGUGUGACAACUUUUAGAAUUGUCAUGGCAAUGUAUUGAUUGAUUAUAAGGAAAUUUAGAUGGAGACCAAGAAGGAUAGAUCAGAUGAUCAACUACUAGUAUUUAUAGGAGUUAGGGAAAAUAUCUGCAAUAUCAUAGUGAUCGAUUGAUUGAUUGGUUGGUUGAUUGAUUGAAUAUAGCUGUGAGCUUCAUUGAUACGAAGAAAAAACCUUACCUGAUACGUGGAAUCUGUUGAAUAUGUCUCUGAAAACAGUAAGAGGAUACUAGACAUCCAAAUAUUAUAUAAUAGAGGAAGAAAAUGAUUUAGCUAUUUAUUAUCACCUUUUCGCUCUCUUGUGCAAUACUGUACGAUUGAAAAAUGUAGAAAUGCGAAGAACACCAGAUACAACCAAAUCAACUGAUGCAAUUAAAGAGAACACAAAUCUCUUCAAAGGUUUAUGUUAGCUGUAGUUUUCAGAAUGGUCAACAGAGGGCACUAACUCACAGUGACCACCAGCUACAAACUGUAAUAGUGCAUAAACUUUCUA